AUGGAUUCAGAAUGUCACUCCAUGGUCAUGGAGUAUCUCAUGCAUAACUGCUUCAAGAACACAGCAAGAGCAUUGUUGAAAGAGACAAAAAGACUUGAACAGUGCAGCAAAUCUAGUAGUAGACCAAGCAAAAUCGCCUUUCAGCAUCAAGAAGAUGAAAAUCAAUGGACACUAUUAGAUGCAAGAAAGAGUUUAAUUGAUGCCAUUGAACAAGGAGACAUUGUGUUGGCAUUUGAUUUAAUAAAGAGGCAUUUUCCUGUUCUAGCAGUUCAAGACUUGAUCCCAAAUGGCAUACCACCGCCCAACAACAGAGCAGAAACCGCUGAACUACAGGAUAUACUGUUUCAAUUGAAAUGUCAACGAUUUAUUGAAAUUAUCCGAACUUCUUCCUCCACAAUUGAUGCUAUCCGCUAUGCACAAACUCAUCUGAAGCCCACCAAUAGCAGAUCCAAAGAGCAAGUCAAGGAAGUAACUGCACUCAUUGCGUACGCAGAUCCACGUCAAUCACAAUCCAGUCAUUUACUUGGACAGCAAAGAAGAGAAGAAUUGGCUAGUCGAGUUAAUCAGAUCUUGUUAGCUCAAUGCCAUCUGCCAGUACAAACUUCCAUCGAAAAGAUUACCAGACAGUAUUCUCUAGUCGAAGAAGAGUUACAAAAGAGCAACACAGCUCCAUCUCCGGUACGUACUCACAGAGAGAAAGUAGCCAUAUAA